CUUUCUUUCUUGUCCAUACAAAAUCCAAUCACAACAUCAUCAUUAAUCGAAGAUGGAGAAGACUACGAUGUGCCUUGUCUCAGAAUCACAUCCACGUCGUCGUCUCCAUACCCAUGGCUACUCUUUUAGCCACUCCUCUCUUCUCUCCUUUACCCUUUUCUCCAGCAAGAACCCGCCUUUCUUGCUCCAAGAUCCGAUUCGGGUCCAAAAAUGGGAGAAUUCUCAAUUCUAAUGGUGCCCAGAAACUGAACCUAUCAAAAUUUUCGCAAAGUAGGAGGUUUCUUCAAAUGGGUUCUUCCAAAGAGAUGAACUUUGAGAGAAAACUCUCAGUUCAAGCUAUGGAUGAUGGUACUGGGACAGGAACCACAUCAUCAACGCUCUCUCGUAACGUGUUUGCGAUAACGCACUUGUUGGUCUCACUUGGGAUCAUACUUGCUGCUGACUAUUUCUUGAAGCAGGCGUUUUUAGCAGCGUCUAUUAAGUUCCCAAGUGCUCUGUUUGGGAUGUUCUGUAUAUUCUCUGUUCUUAUGAUAUUCGAUUCGAUCGUUCCCGCUGCUGCGAAUGGUUUGAUGAAUUUCUUCGAGCCUGCUUUUCUGUUUAUACAGAGAUGGCUUCCUUUGUUCUAUGUUCCUUCUCUUGUCGUUCUUCCUCUUUCCGUCAGAGACAUUCCAGCUGCUUCAGGAGUCAAAAUCUGCUACAUUGUAGCUGGUGGAUGGUUGGCGUCUCUUUGUGUAGCAGGGUUCACAGCUAUUGCAGUGAGGAAAAUGGUGAAAACUGAAAUGACGGAAGCUGAGCCUAUGGCAAAACCAUCCCCGUUUUCAACACUUGAGCUGUGGAGUUGGAGUGGGAUCUUUGUUGUGUCGUUUGUUGGUGCUCUGUUUUACCCUAAUUCAUUGGGAACAAGUGCAAGAACUUGUCUCCCUUUCCUUCUUUCUUCAACUGUUCUUGGUUACAUUGUUGGUACGGGGUUGCCAUCAGCUAUCAAGAAAGUUUUCCAUCCGAUCAUAUGUUGUGCGUUAUCUGCAGUUCUUGCUGCUCUAGCUUUUGGGUAUGCUUCAGGAUCUGGACUUGAUCCUGUUUUAGGAAACUACCUUACCAAAGUAGCAUCGGAUCCGGGUGCUGGUGACAUCUUAAUGGGAUUUCUUGGCUCUGUCAUUCUCUCUUUCGCUUUCUCCAUGUUCAAACAGAGAAAGCUUGUCAAGAGGCACGCAGCUGAGAUCUUCACAUCUGUGAUCGUUUCGACAGUAUUCUCGCUCUACUCCACUGCUCUUGUUGGACGUUUGGUCGGAUUAGAACCAUCUUUAACGGUAUCUAUCUUACCUCGCUGCAUCACGGUUGCAUUAGCCCUUAGCAUUGUAUCACUCUUUGAAGGAACCAAUUCGUCUCUUACAGCAGCUGUAGUCGUUGUGACUGGUCUUAUUGGAGCUAACUUUGUACAAGUUGUUCUUGACAAACUGCGUUUACGUGAUCCAAUUGCUCGGGGCAUUGCAACUGCUUCAAGUGCUCAUGGACUUGGAACAGCAGCUUUGUCGGCUAAGGAGCCAGAGGCUCUUCCCUUCUGUGCAAUUGCUUAUGCUCUCACCGGAAUCUUCGGAUCAUUAUUGUGUUCUGUUCCUGCCGUCCGGCAGAGUUUGCUGGCUGUCGUCGGCUGAGGAGUAAUGACGUGGCGAUUACACGAUUGGUGGUCUCAGAAGCCGGGGAGUUAUUUAAAUGUGGGAGCAGUUUAUUUCGAUGUAAGAUAAAGCAAAAAGAAAAAUGAUUGUAAAAUGCUUGUAUUUUUAUUUUGUUUGUAAAUGUUGUCAAUUUGUAGUGGAAACAAAGUAUGUAAAUUUAAUAUAUCAAUUGAGAAGAAAAACUAAAUAUA